AUGGAUCACAAAGUUGGAGAAACUGAUCUUGACAACAAUGGCGGCGCUGGAAUUGAACCUCUCGAUCCCAGCAUUACGAACCACGGCAUCACAGUUUCCGAUGGUCAAGUCAGGGAUCGACUCACAAGCACGACUCCAAGCGUCUGUUCAGGUCACAGAUCUAUUCGCAAGCCUGUUGGCAAGCCCCGCACCAGAAAGCUUUCAGAUAAUGGCACUACGACCGAUCAAUCCACCACUACUAGUGGCAAGAAGACUAUUUCUCUUGAGGAACGCGAUGAUUGGGGUGUCGAAAAGUUUAGAAUGAACGAGGAUGAACUCGGCCAGAUCCGUAGGGAAUACCACCUGAUCCGAUUCAAGUUCUUCAUCGGCAAGACAGAAGACGGCAAAGACAAGGGACCAGACCACACAGAUUAUUUAACUGUCACAAAUGAUGAAGUUCGCCAAUUCCUCGAGCUUCGAAGGAAGAACGGCGGCUACGUCUCUACACCGAGAUACGAGAAGUCGGAGAAGUCGGCUGCUGCGAAUCUGGCUGCGACUAUGAGAAUGGAAAAUAAACUUGAGCGUUGA